UAAUAUUCGCAGUUUACUAUUUUUAUUACACCCACGUACUUACUUACAAAUACUCGAUAAACACAUGCAAACCCAUUAAUAAAAGAGUCCUCUUUAUCAUCUCUGUUCGCACAAAAUCAAAUGUGUCAAAUCAACAUGAAAGGCAAAAAAAAUCCCAAGAAUGCGUAAAAGUAUUAAAAAAACACGUGCAUGAAAUAUCACUUCGCAGCUACUGUAAAAUAGUGGAUGAGACAAGACAAAUCGACUUAAAUAUUACUUAACACACACAAUUUAAUGAUCAUGCUAAAUCGUGUAUGCAAAACAAAUACCACAUGCAGCACGUUAUGGAAAAAAUAGUGAUAUUACGUACAUACAUACACACUUAUUAACUUUAAGGGCUUGUGAAGUGGAGCGUCGUCAGGUCGAGGGUUGAUACGAUAGGCUGUGCUGUACAGUUCCCUUUGUUCGAAGGUGAAUUGGUUUGGCCAAGUCAGACAAAAAACACAAAAUUCAUAUGUAUCUGCAUUGUUGGGUUUCAUUACAUGAAAAGCUGUCGACCAUCCAAUUUCAAUCAAGUGUAGUUUCCUUCCUUCCUUCCUGAAGGAAUUUUGGGUUUUUUUACCAUGGGCGACUUGCGACAAUUGGAGGAUUGCUGUGAGGAUGAGAAGUUGGCUUUGAAGCAGUUGAAGAUAAACUUGGAUUUUGACGAAAAAUUCGAUAUGGACGAUAUGACGCUAAUUCGAUUUUUGCGAGCCAGAAACUCUGACCUCAAAAAAACGGAAGCUAUGAUAUCAGCCUCACUCGCAUGGAGGACUCAAUAUGAAAUUGACGACUUGAUUAUGUGGGACCCAUCAGUCGAGAUUGCGAGUGGAUUUGAUAUUUACCAUUGUGGAUGCGACUUUGAAGGCAGACCAGUGUAUUACGCACCUCUGGGAAUGUGGGCCUCUGCCAAAGAUCUCUUCGACAAUGGUCAAGAGGAGGACUGCUUACGUUACGCGGCGAAAACGAUGGACAUGGUGUACAAAGACUUGCUAAAAACGAAGCAUCAAAAUUUUGUCUGCAUCGUCGACAUUGCUGGAGCAACUUAUAGAAAAGCUUUACACGAGUUGCAGAAUUUCAAAGGGAUUCAAGACUUAAUUUGGGUAUUUAAAGAGUACGAAGCCAACUAUCCUGAAACACUUCACAAAGCAUUCAUCAUAAACACACCUAAGGUAUUCUACUGGGGAUACAACAUCGUCAAACCGCUCAUGUCUGCGCGAACCUUAUCAAAAAUACGUAUUUUCGAAACUUCCAAUGCCUCAUGGCAAACCGAACUGCGCGAUUUGCUGCCCGAGUGCGCAAUUCCAGAAAUAUUUGGGGGUUCUGGAAAAAUGACGAGUUUUUAUUGAAGUAGAAGAUAUUUAAAUAUUUUAUUCUGUCACCGUUUUGUUUUGUUCGUUAUUAUUAUUAAAGAGUUUAAAGUAUUUGAAUGGUGUGUAACCAAA